AUGAAAGAGCUCGAUGUAUCCGUCGAGACCUCUUCGGGCAAGCACACUACAUUACUAGGGCAAGGGGGGGGGGGGGGGGGGGGUGGGGUCGUGAUUGAAGUAGGGGGCGGCCACGGUUUCCAGUUGGGGGGCGGGGGGCGUGGGGAAGUUGGGGGUCCGGAUGGGGGUCCCAGGGGAAAACGGGGGGGGGGGGGGGGGGGGGGGGGGGGCGGAGGUUGGGAUAGAGGGGGGCGGGGGGGGGCGGGGGGGGGUGUGGGGCGUUUGGUGGGGGGGUGGGGUGGGGGGGGGGUCGGAAUUGGUCAUUAA